AUGCGCAGUGCCACACGUCCUCGCAGACUCUUGCCGAGCUUGCGGUACCGUGACGACCCUGACGAGCAGCCCGUGGGCUCAGCUCUCGAGCUCGACGAUCUUGAGCCCUCGGGAAGAUCACAUCCGUCAAAUCGAUCCGCGCGAGAAGCACAACGACUACAGAAGAGGCUCGACAAGCUCGAAUCUCUAGCGGAGAGAGAAGAGAUGAAGUUCUCCCACAGCAUCCAAUUCAACGCUGUGCCGGACUGGAGCAACAACUACAUAUCCUACAGCAACCUGAAGAAGUUGAUCUACACACUCGAAAAGCAGAUUCAUUCGAAACCCUCAGAUGCGCCCGGAGAUGAAGAGAACACGGCGUUGCUGGGAGGUCAGCUGGACCCCGACACCACUUUCAAGCGCAUGCUAGACGGCGAGUUGGAUAAGGUCUGCUCAUUCUACCGCUUGAAAGAGCUCGAGAUAUUUGGCGAACUCGAACAGCUGUUCAAAGAUGUCGAGAACUACAAGUCGGACACUGCAGGGAUCGAUAUGGACGAAGUCAUCGACUCGGAGAACCGACGGAAGGUGACCAGAUCACAAAGCAUAUUGCUAUUCCAUUCCGGCGGAAAAGAAGGGCGUCAAACCUGA